ACUUAGGGUUGAAAAUCAAUUUUCGAAUUUUUUGCAGUAUCUACAGUUAAAAACAUUGGUAUACGCAAACAUGGCUGUUAAGUUAUCAGUUUUCGCUCUCGUUCUGGUAGCAGCUUUUGCUAUAGCUGAUGUCCCAACAACUUUAGUUUUAAAUUCACCUUUGAACUUGGCAUACUACCCAUCGGACUCGAUAGCUUACAAUGAUUUGAAGAAAAGCUUGUACGAUUUAGUCUUAGCAGCAGGAAAUGCUUGUUUCUCGGCGCAAGCGAGCUACGACUACUACAGUUUCUUAAAAUACCAAGGUGUUUAUCAACCAAAACUUAACGAAAAAAUAGCGAAGUUACAAAAUGCUGAACAAUACUUGAAUGAUGCUUACGCCAAAUACCAACAAGAAUUGGCCAAAUACAAAAGUACCUUAGUGUGCCCAACUCCAACUGUAACGUUGGAUGAUAAUGUUGAAAUCAGGAGCGAUUACCUUUGAUUGUAUUUCUGAUAUUUUAAUUAUUUGUGAAAAAUGUUUACAAAACUAAAUCAAACUCAAUAAUUGCUGUGCUUUUUAAUAAAAUCAUUAUGUUGAAUAAAUGAUUUCGAACGAUUUA